AUGUUCACUUUGCGUCGCAUUGUGACUGCGAGGCCAACAACACUCGCGCGACCGACAUUCUUACCCACAAUGGCACAGAAGCGACCUUUCAACGAGGGCAAAAGGCACUUCAAAAAGAGCAAGAAGCAGAAGACAUCGACGCUUGCAGAGGGCUCGAACGAAGAAGUGCUACUGGCAGAUAUCAGAAGUUUGCUGAAGAAUGUCAAAAUCAGCAGCCAUGAUGCUGCGGCAGAGGAAGAGCAGGCCAAGAUCUUGCCCGAGAUGCACGCCGAGAUAGAUGUCACCAUCAACGAACUGUCUUCCACAGGAGAUGGUCUCGCAGAGAAAGAUGGCCAAGUAUACGUUGUCCCCUUUUCUGCUCCUGGCGAUCUUGUCACUGCAAGAGUCUACAAGCACUUUGACGAUGAAUCCUACUCUCUCGCAGACUUUGUCAAAGUCGUUCAACCAGGAAAGCUACGAACGCAGGAUCCGAAAUGUCCUUACUUUACACAAUGCUCAGGCUGCCAGUUCCAGCACAUGUCCUACGACGACCAGCUCGCGCACAAGAGAACCAUUGUCGAGAAAGCAUAUCGCAACUUCUCCAAGCUGCCAGCAUCGGCAGUACCCAAAAUUGGCGACACGAUCGGAUCACCGCUGCAUUAUGGCUACCGAACCAAGCUCACGCCUCAUUUCGAUGGUCCACCUGGUGGUCGCAGAGACAAAAGGCACGGGAAACAAGUCACAUGGCCAGAAGUGCCGCCAAUUGGGUUCAUGAAGAAGGGCACAAGGAAAACGAUGGACAUCGAGGACUGUCCGAUCGGUACAGAUACUGUGCGCCUGGGCAUGAAGCGGGAGCGAAAGAGAGUCGCCGGGAACAUCGACCAAUAUCAGAAGGGUGCUACAUUACUCCUGCGAGAAAACACAGAGCGACUGGAGAAACAAGCAGGCAUGGUUGAAGAGGACAAGGACACUGAGCCGAAGGAUGAAGUGCUUGAGGAUCGUGGCAGCUACGUGCAUCGCAAGACCUGCAUUACCGACCACAAGCAGACUUCGACCGAGUAUGUGGACGACUACCGCCUUGACAACCCAGCUGGUGCCUUCUUCCAGAACAACAACUCGAUUCUUCCAGUCGUGACACAGUACAUUCGCGACCACAUCCUCGAUCCUGCAGCCAAUGAGAAUCCCGACGGCAAACCGCAGAUCAAGAACAUGAUCGAUGCCUAUUGUGGUUCCGGCUUCUUCACCAUCACCCUGUCAAAGAUGUUCCACAACAGCAUCGGCAUCGACAUCUCAGCACAGUCCAUCGACUUCGCCAGCAAAAACGCCAAACUCAACAGCCUUCCAGAGGACGGCACACACUUCAUCGCUGCGGACGCAAAUGCACUCUUCGCUUCCGUCGAUACGAAGAAGUUCCCACCAGCUGAGACUGUCGUAGUCAUUGAUCCUCCGCGCAAGGGCUGCGACGAAGGCUUCAUACGGCAGCUACUGGAAUACGGACCUGCUAGAGUCUGCUACGUGAGCUGUAAUGUGCACACCCAGGCGCGCGACGUAGGCUGGCUUGUGAGUGGGUUACCGGGCUCGGGUGGCAAAGAAGGUCUGGAAGGACUGUACGAGAUUGAGACGUUGAGAGGCUUCGACUUCUUCCCGCAGACUAGCCAUGUUGAAGGUGUUGCUACCUUGCGCAAGAAAUUGGCAGCUUCGAAGACAGAGGAACAUGCUUCGAACGGCGUAGCUCCUGCUGUCGAGAAGGAAACGGACUGA